GUUGCUGCGCAGCUCUCAGGUCAGCUGGUCGCAGCUCAGCCACCACAGCGUGAUGUGAGCCAGUCUGCGUGUUGACAGCGGCACUAAAGCAGCAGAGCACAACACCAGAUGCAGCCUGACGCGCGCUCGGAGCGCAGGAAUGAAUGGACCAGCUGCAUGGUUUGUCUGGAAGUGUCUGAAGAAGCCAAGCUGCGAUAUUGUUGGAUAUUACUGAAAGCACUUUAAUCAGCGACUGGUUGAAGCCCGAUUUCCCAACACUUCCCUGCCUCCGGAAAAAAAGGCCUCUAUAUGAUGAAGUUUAAGCCCAACCAGACCAGGACGUACGACGUCGAAGGGUUCAAGAGGAGAGCGGCGUGUCUGUGUUUCAAAAACGAAACAGAGGACGAGGUGCUGUUGGUGAGCAGCAGUCGCCAUCCAGACCAGUGGAUCGUGCCAGGAGGGGGAAUGGAGCCUGAUGAGGAGCCCUGUGGAGCUGCUGUCAGGGAGGUGUAUGAAGAGGCUGGUGUAAAGGGAAAGCUCGGCAGACUGCUUGGGAUAUUCGAGCACAAUCAAGACAGAAAGCACAGGACUUAUGUCUACACCCUCGUGGUGACGGAGAUGCUGGAAGACUGGGAAGACUCUGUGAACAUUGGAAGGAAGAGGAAGUGGUUCAAGGUCGAUGAAGCCAUAAGGGUGCUGCAGAGCCACAAGCCUGUCCAUGCAGAGUACCUACACAGACUUAAGGGCACCUGUAAUCCCACCUGCACUCCCAUGUGUGGCCCAGCUAACGGCAAUGGCCUGAGCUCCCACAUGACAGAUGAUGACGCACCCCACUAUGUUGUUUGCUCCACACACUGCUCAGACCUAGUCAGCAGAUAGGAGCCAUAAUGGCAGAGAGCAGGUCUUCUGAGAGGAAAUGAAUUUUCAGCUGAACUUCUUGAGACUGAUUUGAAGAGACACUGAAAAAGUUUUUCAAAUGUAUUUAAGACUUUUUUAAUGUAUUAUUUUUUUUUAAAUUCCUGUAAAGCAUUUCCUUUUCAACUUUAGGCAGACUGCAGUGCACUGAUUAUGCAAUAUAAAGGCCUGUUUAGUAUUAGAUGUUGUAUAUUUGACUGGCGGCACACACUGUGUGCUGGUGAUUUCCUGGAGGCGGUAUGGGGAAGUGUUGGCUCCUGGAGGAAGCCUUAUUCCCACAGUGACUCAGUGCCAAACAAUGUGCAAGAUGUUUGAAAAAGAGUAGCUGCAAGUCUAUGGAUGGACUUUACAAACUGCUACCUUGGGAAGUUUGUAAGGAAUUCUGCUAAAUUCUGCAGCAAGCGUGGACAGCAUUGUUAUUACUUCCUCAGUGCACACAGUAUCAUCUCUAAGCACUAGUGACACUGAACAAGCCUUAAAUCAUGUGUGUAUAUAUUUGAAUGCUGUCAAUGUGAGUGAAAACUGAGUAAAUUAGAGAAAAACUUCUAUAUAGUGAACUGAAUCAAACAUGAAAUGGCACAUAUCCUCAGAAAAACUAUAAUCUAGUGCAUUAUAGCAAAUGUUUUAUAUAGUGUAUCUGCAGAGAUGCCUUAGAAGAGUCUGACAAAUGCUGCACAAAGUCUCCCAUUAAGUGCCUUCAUAAACACAAAGUAAAUGAACAGAACAAAUCAAGCCUUAUACAUGCUGUCAAAACAACCCAGUUUUUGGAAGCUGGGCUCCAUAGGACAUUAAGAAAAAUGUGGGUUUGCUUUUACGACAGAGGGUGCACAGUGACUGAAUUUAUGUUCCGCUGGGAAACAUGGACCGAAAAGUAUGACAGGAAUUAUGGUCGCCUGAUUCUAUUUGAUGCUUUGCUUUAAACUUUAAUCCAGUUUCUUCACAAGUUAAUAUUAUUGUUUUUAUUUAUUGUUAGUCUUAGUGUUUGGACUAUACCAUUAAUACCAGGCUGUAGACUACUCCCCCUGGUGGCAAUGGUACAGUCCAACCACAAGCACAAAGCAUAGAAAUGGAAAAUUAAGUAUGCAAAGAAGGAAAAAAACUGAAGCAACCCCCCAAACGUGCACAGUUAAAAAUCAAACUGAGAGUCGUUUAUUUUUGGAGAAAUAAACUGUGGAUCGUGGAAAUCCGUUUCUUUAUGUGAUUAUUUUUUGAUGGUGCUUGCUUCAAAGCGUUGUAUUGUGCAUGGAAGUCCUUGAACACCUAGGGGAAAAAAGCUCAAAUAUGUCAUAAUUCAACUUCCUAGGCUACCAUUGGCAGGAAAGCCCAUCUAACAUCUUUCCUCAUUGUCCAUGUGUGACUGGGGUAUUCUAUUGUGUGCAAAAUAUUUAAAUAAACACCGUUUAAAGAUAA